AUGGAGUGUAACAAAAUUCAGUUAGUUGCAAUAUUGUCAUUCAUUUUUCUUGUUCAAAACAUUCAAGGAUGGGGAGAAGAAGGACACGCCAUUACUUGUAAGAUCGCCCAGGCUCGUUUGACCGAUGCGGCCGCUGAUGCUGUCAAACAAUUGCUGCCUGCUUAUGCGAAUGAUGAUUUGUCAAGUGUUUGUACAUGGGCUGAUCGCGUCAAGUUUGCUCUUCGUUGGACGUCUGCUUUGCACUACGCCGAUACUCCUCCUAAGCUUUGCAAUUUCCAAUAUGCUAGGGAUUGCAAGGAUUUGAAUGGUGUGAAAGAUGUAUGUGUUGUUGGAGCAAUUAACAAUUACACUACUCAACUUCUUGACUAUGGCAAAAAAGACACUCAAUACAAUCUUACACAAGCACUUCUUUUCCUUUCUCAUUUUAUGGGAGAUGUCCAUCAGCCUCUACAUACUGGUUUUACCACAGACAAGGGAGGAAAUACAAUCGAUGUUCAUUGGUACACAAGGAAACAAAAUCUUCACCAUGUUUGGGAUGCUAACAUUAUUGAAACAGCACAAGAAAGAUUCUAUGACAAUAACAUUGAUGAAUACUUCAAAGACAUUCAAACAAAUAUCACGAAAACAUGGUCAAAUGAAGUAGCAGAUUGGGAAGCUUGCAGUUCUGAUCUGGCUACAUGUCCAAAUGUUUAUGCAUCUGAAGGUGUUAAGGAUGCUUGUCAAUACGCAUAUAAAGAUGCUCCUGAAGAUUCUACUCUAGAAGAUGAUUACUUCCUAUCGCGUUUGCCGAUCGUCAGUUUGCGAUUAGCUCAAGGAGGAGUUCGAUUGGCCGCAACUCUCAAUCGUAUUUUUCAGUGA